AUGUGGUCAGAUCGUUCCGAACAAAUGGUCGGCCAGAAGAAGGAGCGUUCUCGUAUUUUGGUUCGCCGCCAUUCAGCUCCUCUGGUUCCUGUGGUGCUCGUUCCCGAGACGCUCAGGCUGAGCAAGGGUCAAGAGUUCGCUGAUCAAAAGUUGGCUCCGCAGGCCUGA